AUGAGACAGAGAAGAUGGCUGGAGUUGGUAAAGGAUUAUGAUUGCGAAAUUCUGUAUCACCCAGGUAAGGUGAACGUGGUAGCUGAUGCACUUAGUAGGAAGAUGUCACAUUCGGCAGUACUUAUCACUAAACAAGCUCCUUUGCAUAGAGACGUUGAGAGAGCUGAGAUUGCAGUUUCAUGUUGCCUGGCAGAAGCAGAGCAAGCUAAUGAGUUCUCCAUAUCCUCUGAUGGUGGACUUAUGCUUGAGAGGCGUUUGUGCGUCCCAGCAGAUAGUGCAGUUAAGACUGAGCUUUUGACUGAGGUAGCACCUAUGAGGGAUGUUCUGAAGUUUGAGAAUAAAGGGAAGCUAAGUCCACCUUUUGUAGGACCAUUCGAGGUAUAUGAGCGGAUUGGCCCCGUAGAUUACCGUUUGGUGUUGCCUCUUGUGUUUUCUGCAGUUCAUGAUGUAUUCCAUGUCUCUAUGUUAAGGAAGUAUGUAGCAGAUCUGACGCAUGUAGUUAACUUUGUGCCAUUGCAAAUUAAUGAGAACUUGAGCUACGAGGAACAACUUAUGGAGAUUUUGGCAAGGGAGGUCAAGAUGCUCAGUAAUAGAGGGAUUGCACUGGUCAAAGUUCUUUGGCAAAACCACGAAGCUGAAGAGGCCACACGGGAGAGGAAGGAUGACAUGAGAGCCCAGUACCAUGAGCUGUUCGAGCAUUAG